AUGAUAAUCUACCUUCCCGUAGCAUUCCUCAAAGACUGGAUUUGUCGAUAUUUGGAGCAACGACGAUCUUUAACAAGCCUUAAGGUUUCCGCAUUGGCCAAUGAGUCCUCGGCUGAGAUCAACUCUCCUCUGAGACACAAAAUCAUUGAUAUGGGACUUCAAGGGACUAUCAUUAAGAAAGAUAUCGAGGAAGACUUUUUCGUCACACGAAGAAGAUGCGAGACCGUUGAUAGUAAUGAUAUUUGUUUUGCUACAGUAUUUGUCCAAUGCUCUGCUCUUGCGCGUACAAGUGUGGCAAGCACUACCGUAUUGUCUUCAACCUCAGGACUGUUUACUUUUUUCAUUGGUGCGUUUUUGGGCCAAGAUACUUUGAAUUUGUCCAAAGUGGUUGCUGUGUUUGUCACGAUGGCCGGUGUGGCCAUGACAACGCUUGACAAAACUUGGGCUGCUGACGAGUCACACAAUUAA